GUAAACAAAUAAGAAUGGCUAAAGCAAAAAACCAUACAUAAGAGACUUCAAAUAGAAGAGUAAAAACUACGGGACUUCUAGUCCAUGAAAAAUAGCUCUACUAUAUAUCAAGAGAGUGUUACAAAAUCAUCUUCAAACAAUCACAAUAACAGCGAGAGGAAAGAGAAAACAAGUAAUACAACAAGAAAAUGGAGAACAAAUGAGAAUGAAACAGCUACAGGUUCAGACACUGAAACAUAUUACAGCGUCCACUUGAAGACACCUUAUGAGCCUUAGGGGAUUUCUGCCAUAGCUUUCCAAGGCACUGAAGAAACAAAGGUUCGUCUUAUUCUUUAGAAAUGAAUCAAAUCAAAACAAAUGAAAUGCAAAUCAACACAGUUUAAUUUGUGCUUCAUAAUCACUACCUUUUCUUUUGAUGUACGUCUUUUUUGCCCGUUCACAUUCUCCAUCUCUAACUGCUCCUUGCAUUUUAGAAAGUAAAGCUUAUAAUCUUGUUCGCAUCUGCUUCAAGACAUGAAUCAAAAUGAAACAAAUGAACUGCUACAUGGAUUCUUGUAAAUGUUUUCCUGGUAGUGGUACAAGAAGUAUGAUGAAAUAUGUCAGGAACAAGAAUGAAACAAAAUAAGUUAAAACAAAGCAACCUGAAGAAAAUGUAAUUAGUGUAAAGAAAAGAGAGAAUUUGGAGGACAAGGACUUACCAGCUUUGAUGAACACUGAAAUAUACCGAAUUCCAGCUCCAAUCAUUCUGUUUUCGUUGCAUUCCCCAUCACCUCCUAGAUAUUAGCAGAGUAAGAAGACAAGGAGUACAUCAGAAGCUCCCACUAAAAUAGAACUACUAACAAGCUAAACUUUGACUGCAAACCCCAAGUUAUCAAUUCAUAAGUAAUCUAUUAAGAACACAUGUAUUAAAAAGUAAGAGGACAAAGCACAAGUGAAUAAGAACAAAAGAGAGCUCAUUUUAUCCAAUUUGUGCCUUCAGUGUCUGUCAUCAUAAUCCCUUCUUUCACUAAGAGUCGAUUAUAUGUAUAAGUAUAACCAAAUAAAAGAAAUUGGGAAAGUCCAUUAUAUGUAUAAGUAUAACCAAAUAAAAGAAAUUGGGGAAAGAAGAAAUGAACCCUUCAAAAUACACUUGGCACUUACAUUUUCUUCAAUAAGACUAGCUGAGACAGAAGUUUUGCACUUCUCUGAUUAAGCCAUUGUUUGAUAAAUCC